ACCAUUAGAAGCACCUACCUCCUGUCCUUAGGAACCAGAAAACGUGGGUACCUGCCUACUUUAGGCAUUUAGGUUGAGGAGGUGCUAAUGUGAAUGUCUUCGGUACCUACCUACCUCCUAGGUGCCUGGUAUACAUAGUACCCUGAUGCGCCAACUCCCUGACAAAUCAAUUCCUCGCCAACUGUUCUACAACCAGUCUUCACGUCACGACUGGAGUGUGUCUAGAUUAUUCUGAACGACACGUGAGUCUAUUGAAGAGGGCACGGUAUAUUCAAGUAUUGCGCUACGCUAUCUCGAACGCAGCAGAAUUUCGAAGACAGCUGGAAUCCCCUACCUACCAGCAAUCCGACGUCCACCAUGAAGCUCUCGCGCGUCUUACACCUCCCGACGUUUCUGGCUUCAUUCCUCCUCGCCCCGGGACACCUCGUGUCGGCCGAGCACACCAGCAAUUGGGCCGUCCUAGUCGGGACGUCGAGGUUCUGGUUUAACUAUCGCCAUCUUGCUAAUGUCUUAUCCAUGUACCGCACCGUUAAGCGACUCGGAAUCCCCGAUUCGCAAAUCAUCCUCAUGCUUCCUGACGACAUGGCCUGUAACCCCCGCAACGCCUUCCCCGGGACCGUCUAUAGUAACGCAGACCGCGCCGUCGAUCUCUACGGGGACAAUAUUGAAGUCGACUACCGAGGAUACGAGGUUACCGUCGAGAACUUCAUCCGCCUGCUGACCGACCGCGUGGGCGAUGAGAUGCCCAGGAGCAAGCGAUUGCUGACCGAUGAUCGGAGCAAUAUUUUCGUUUACAUGACGGGCCACGGAGGCAACGAGUUUCUGAAGUUCCAGGACGCGGAGGAGAUCGGCGCUUUCGAUCUAGCCGAUGCCUUCGAGCAGAUGUGGGAGAAGCGACGGUAUCAUGAGAUCCUCUUCAUGAUCGACACUUGCCAGGCGAAUACUAUGUACAGCAAGCUGUAUUCCCCAAACAUCAUUGCCACUGGAUCCUCAGAACUCGACCAAUCCUCCUACUCGCAUCACGCCGAUAAUGAUGUUGGGGUCGCCGUCAUCGACCGCUACACCUAUUACAACCUCGAGUUCCUCGAGUCCGAGGUCAAGGACUUGAGCAGCAAGAAGACGGUCGGCGAUCUCUUUGACAGCUACAACUACGAGAAGAUCCACUCCAACGCGGGCGUGCGCUACGACCUGUUCCGGGGUGGCGCCGAGGUCGCGCGUAGUCGCCUGUUGACAGACUUUUUUGGCAAUAUUCAAAACGUCGAGGUAGACGGGGCUGGAAACAACACGGUCGACGAGGAGAUGCUGGCCCUCAGUAGGACCAUUGCUAAGCUCCGAGCCCUGGCUGAUCAGGAGGAGGCUACGGCCAACAAGAGCGACACUACCGCGGUGCCGGCUCCGAGCAACUCGCGAUUACCGAAGAGGGUCCAGAUCGCCAAACCGCUAACGGACGAUAACUGGCUCACCAAGAAGCUCGUGGGCGCGACGGCAUUAGUUAGCUGUGCGGGUCUCUGGGUCCUUGGGUCAUACUUGGAGUCACCAAAAAAGCAGCAGCAUUGAUUGGUAUACAGGUAAAUAUAUGAGGAAAAAAAUCACUGUGAAGGGACAGUAGAUACCUGUGACCAUACCUCUUCAGAAGAUGAUGUUACGGAGAUCAUUAGUUGUCGUAAGGGAUUGUAAUGUUACCAGAGACAUAUGAAAGGUUCGGUAGGUGGGCAGAUAGGUAGGUACAUUAGACACCUGGGUGCCUCUCAAGCUGCCACUAUAGGUACCUGAGGUACCUAACCUACCUACCUAGGUAGGUCGGAUACAGCCUCCUAACCUGCCGUACCUAUGUACCUCCAAACACUUCACAGGUAAGGCAUAGGUAGGUCCCUCCUACCC